GAUGGAGCAAGUAUUAUGGGCUGUGGACCUCAAGCUCACGCACAGCGACAGUUUGGCUCAGAUGAAAUUAAUGAAGUAUGUCACAAACGGAACAUUUGAUCCAGAACGAAGUAUAUUUCAAGUUCCUGUAACCGUUAAUAAACCAGAACCAACUCUGACUAUAUCAAGACGACGAAAAACCAUCGUUCAGGAAGAGGUAUUGGUUUCUUUGUUUUAUUCGUGCGAUGGCGUGAGAAUCAAGGUUAGAUUGGGGUUAGCAUUGCGGUUAGGCAAAGGUUCUGGUAAGAUUUAAGAUCACAAUUAUUGCAUGGGCUAGAAUAAAGGUUUGAAUUUUAGGGAUUAGGAAUUGAUUGGGUGCAAGAAAUCGAUUCAUUCAGACCAGAUAUUUCUUCAUGCCCUUUGGACUUGCAAGUUUUGCUGCGAUUUUGUUCUUUUGAUGGAUGUGAACGAGUGGAGGAGUUAUAAAUAUUCAGAUGAGGGUACAUAUACUCGGAAAAUUUCUAACUUAUCUACUCGUUCACAUCCAUCAGAAGAAGAAAAUCGCAGAAAAAAGUGCAAGUGUUACCUUUUUAACUUCAGAUAUCUUCAACCAGAUCUAGUGUAUAGCUCUUGAUAUUACCGUCCCUAUGCAAUGUUAACGCCUAAACAGUGUACGUACUUCGGCCCCAAAUACAAGACCUAUCCGAAAAAUAAUCUGUCGGAAGGUAUAACUUAAGGAGGAUUUCCAUUCAGUGCAAAAUGUUGCGCGAUCGACUUUUUGCGAUCGCUUUCUUUUGAAAUACAAACAAAUCUCAUUAGCUGCAGUUGACUGUACAUGUUUCAAAAGAAAGCGAUCGCAAAAAAACCAUCAUGCAUGCGACAUUUUGCACUGAAUGGAAAUCCGCCUUAACUUUCCCAAAGUGGGAACGGUCUGCUUCUUUAAGUCUGAUCCUGACCGCGACGCCAGCAUAAAAAUCAAAACCUUGCGUUCUUUUCUUUACGGUAUUUAUGUUGUUGUUUAUGCUUACCCUUUAUCUUAUGUGGUAUAGUGAGGACACAGUGAGAACAACACAAGCAUAAGAACAUCAAAGCAUUCCACUUGCUUGUGUUUAUGCUUGCGUCGUAGUGAGGACCAGGUUUUGUCUGUUUUCACGCGGUUGCCUGUGGCUUGUUUUCUGUGGUUAAGUCAUGGGCGGUUGGGGUAAAAUGGUGGCAUUGUCUCCCUUGCUGAUAGAGCUUGUGUGUCCAUCAAGCCAUGGCAAUAGUGAACAUCUAUUAAGGGAAUGUGCACAUCCAAAUAAGUCUAAAAAACUGGAAUUUCAAACUUUUAUUUUCCAGCCACCGCCCAAUCCAUACCGAUAUGCCAUAUUCAGUUCCAGACUUCAACACAGCAAUUUGAGUGUAAUACACUACAGUGUCUUCUUUCAAAUGUGUCGAGCUCAUGGCAUUGGAUUUGACAUGAAGGUUAGUAUGAACGCAUUUCCAUCAUGCAAACAUACAUGCAUGGCCACAGAAAGAUGAUGGUAUAAUUUUUGGUCGGCACCACUGUAAAUUGCAACGAUCUUGUACCAGUGCCCAACUUCAAUGGGGUGUGGGUGGGUGUGGGCAACGUAAGAGAAGGCCAGUUCAAUUUUUGAUCCCUCUCAAAUUGGGGCCUCUUUCACGUAUGGGGCCCAAGGAAAGUUGCUCACUUUCAGGGCCACCUUAACUAACUGUUGUCUCAAAUAUAUGAACUACUAACAUAUUUUACAAUAUGUUUUUAGAAAAUCAUAGUAAUAGUUUUUUUAUUUUUUGUAGGAAAAAGCUGGAACAAUAUUUUGUUUGGUAGAUAGUUAUAAAAAAGAGUUCCUCACAAUGAUGUAAGUGUCGGUUUUGAGCUUGCAUAUUUUAAAUCUCCCUGCCCUAUUUCAACAUUCAAACUGAAAAUGCCUCACACGUGUAAUCCAUCCCUUAUGAUCACUCAAGGACCAUGUAAAUUGCAGGUUGGUGUGCUGUCUUACUUGCGGCAAGUUGAUGAAAUAAUUAAAAGUGGCGACUCACAUUUCAUAUUGUUUUAGACAAUACAUUUUUGAAACCUAGAGCCCUUAUCCUUACCAAAAUUCCAAAAUGGAACCACUAACCUGCACUUUGUAUAUAGGCUGGUUUACAGUAGCAAAGUUUCUGUGAUCACAGUAGGAAUUUUGCAUAGGAAAGUUGCAUUUCCCUUAAACACUUGUUACAAAACUUGUUGCAAAAUUCAUACUUUUCCAUGGCGAAGCCAGCCCGACAAUUUGGUCAUGCUAUGCAAAUAUUUCUGUGUUCAUAAACCGUGAAAUUUUUAAAGAAAUGAAUAAUGAUAAUGAUUUAAACACAGUACGUACUGAGUACUGUGAUCACAGAAGCUUUGAUAGUGUAAACCAGUAUUAUGUUACGCGCUGCGUACGAUUACGAUUCCAGAGCUACCGCAAGUGAAAUAUUUUCAUACUGAAAUUCCUGAUUUGCUCUAGGGUGAUGAGUGACGAUCUUCAAGGUUCGCUAUCAACGUUUGCUCGUAAUCUCUCUGUGAUUCAUCAAGAAAUUUCAGCUCCCAAUAUGCAAGGAAGAAGCAACUUCCAUGUAG